AUUUGCCAAAGGUACAACCCACUUAAUUUGGGCCAUUCUGAUUGGAGGAAAGGAAUGUCAAUCAUCCACUGGAACAACUGCUGUACAUGGCCGGCCAAACAUUGUCAACGACUGAACUAGCUUCUUUUAGGUUGGAUUUUAAUCCCACACAGGGCUUCUGCUGCAGGUGUUUCGGAUGUCCAAGUACAAACUGUUUCUGCUGAGGCAUGGGGAGGGGGCCUGGAACAAAGAGAACCGUUUCUGCAGCUGGGUCGACCAGAAGCUGAGCGAGGAUGGGCUGAAGGAGGCCCAGGACUGUGGCAGGCUGCUGAAGGAACAGGGCUACAAAUUCGACUUAGUAUUCACCUCCAUACUCAGCCGCUCCAUCCAGACAGCAUGGCUUGUUCUGGAGGCUAUGGGUCAGGAGUGGGUUCCUGUGAUCAAGUCCUGGAGACUGAAUGAACGUCACUAUGGUUCCCUGAUUGGCCUGAACCGAGCAGAGAUGGCUAAAGAACAUGGAGAGGAACAGGUGAAGGUAUGGAGAAGAAGCUAUGACGUCACUCCACCUCAAAUUGAGGAGUCCCACCCUUACUUUCUGGAAAUCUACAAUGACCGCAGAUACACCACUUGUGACAUGCCAAAGGAGAACCUUCCUCGGGCAGAGAGCCUGAAGGAGGUGUUGGACCGGCUGCUUCCAUACUGGGACAGCACUGUGGUGCCAGAGAUAAAGCAAGGCAGGACUGUGCUUAUUUCUGCUCAUGGAAACAGCUGCAGGGCUCUGCUGAAACACCUGGAAGGUAUAUCGGAUAAAGAUAUUGCCAGCGUGACUUUACCUACUGGUAUUCCUGUGCUGCUCGAGCUGGAUGAAAACCUGAAGCCUGUGAAACCUCGACAACUGCUGGGAGAUCAAGUGAAGAUUCAGGCGGCAAUUAAAAAGGUGGAGGACCAGGGAAAAGCUAUACCGUCAACUUGAAUGCACUAAACUGGCUGCAGCUCUGGGUUGCUCGCCUGUGUGCACUCCGAUAAGGUCAACAGGUACUGUGAAAACUCUUGAAAAGACUCAAAUAAUAAUAAUUUAACAUCAGACAAUAACAAAAACCACAAAGGGUUGUUAAUACAUUUCAAAGGAUAGGUGUGAAAAUGCUGUACGUGUAAUAGUGACCUGAUCUGGAUACAGAAAAUGUGUCGCAGGUCAGACUGGUACGACAGGAGUAGGAGGAAGUACUGUACUGUGUACUGUAAAUGCUUUGAUGCUUGGCUGAGUUGGAUUAUGUGUUGACACUGAAUUUAAGCUAACUGUUCCUACUUAUGCCUGUAUAUUGGCCCUGAAGAGGUUAUUUAUUUAUUUGCUUAUUGAUCUUACUAUAAAGAUUGAUAGUAAUUUGGUGAAGCUGAAUAAAACUUGAACGUUAUCAUAUCUGGAAGAAAUUACUUUCUAAAAAAAUGCCUUUCUGUUACAUUGAUAAGCUUUUGACAUUCACUUGCAUUAAAACAUUUGCCUUCAGUAUUCAUGUUAUGCUAAGAUUCAGCUAUUGUUCGUCACAACUUCUUUUAAUAAGAAUAUCUUACAGGUCUUCUGUUGAUUUAGGAUUUAACCCAUUUAGGCCUAAAACACCCUGAAAAAAUGCCUGUAAAACCUAUGGCCGAUUUUAGAAGAACCCCCUAAAGCCUGAAGUGUUUCUGGAAACUCAGCAGUUGUGUCAAGGCCUACUAAAUAAUUGGUUUCUCUUCAAUGGUAGAAUGACGCAACAGCGCCCCCGGUUUUGAUAGUAGAAAUGCGGCAACGCUUUCCCGGCUUAAAUGGGUUAAAGCACUCUGUUACCAAAUAUGACCUCAUAAAAAAUGGAUAGCCAGAUAUUAUUUCCAUCAAUUUGGUUAAGGUGAGCCACAGAAAUGCUGAAAAUAUGCAACACCACUGAAAUCCAUUACUGUCCCCCGCAUACUCUAUGAGUUACUUAUAUUUUUUAAUUGCCUGCACAGUUAAUGUAAGCUACACAGCUAGGGUUGUUUUACUUUGAGGUUUAUAAAGUGCAUAAACGCAGGCAAAAAAUAGGCUGAGUUGAAAUCACUGGUACCAUUUGGUAUAAAAACUGGAUUAUGCUUUAGAGUAUUUAGAUUGUUUUACAUGAAUCCCCUUCCAGAUUAAAUGCAACAAAUACGAAUGGUGAGUAUCAUUUUUAGGGAUACAUUUAAAGAUUUGUACUUGUUAUAUACAGGCACUAUUUUGGUUUAUUAAUUCUAACUUAUUAUAAUACGUUGAUGUUCCUAAUGUGAUGCUAACAUUUGUGUAAUGUUACAAACCCCUCGAAUCUUCAACUUUUCUCUUAUUAUAGCACUUUUGUCAUCUCAUGUUACAACUGUGUGUGGCACAGGCUACUUCCUUGUUUUGUAUUGUGUCUCUUGUCUGUAUGUGACUUGCACUUCUGUUUCUCUGUAAUUUUUUGUACACUGGUAUGUAAGGUCAACAUGGGAGAAGAGAUACGAACGAACAUCCAUUUGUAGAUACUAAAAAGCAGAAAACACUGUUAUAUUUGUAAUUUCAUGUAAGACAUUUUAAUGUCUUCCCUGCUGUUCACACCUUACCAUGUGAAAUUGAAAUAAAAGGGAAUUCAAAUUUUCCUGAAAA